CCCGUUUCCUUUCACUGACGUCUAACUUAUUGUGAAGGCGAUCUCGCGGUAACUUUGACUUUCAAGGCUGCAGGCCAGACAUUAAAGUGGGAAAUAGCUGCGCCUCCUCCCAGUGUUAUUUCGAACUUCAACAUGGCCAGAGUACUGAUCCCCUGGAUCGUCCUUUUGGUGACAACGGGAUUCGUUUGCGGUCAGAUCUUCUUUCCAGCUGACACGACAUUCUUGGUGUCCCGUCCAGUAGUCCAGCCACAGAAUGCUGGAGCCACCUGCACCAAUCACAUGAAUCAAAAGGGACGUUGCAAACGAUUGUUUGAAUGUUUCUUCAUGUACACGCAACUGGCUGAUUUAAUUAAGCAAACGCCUUGUCGACUGGCCAAUCAGCCGUCCGUUUUCGGCGUUUGCUGCCCAAAUUCUGAGUCGGAUAGUCAGAAAACGAGCGGCGUCUCAUCGGCUGGAACGCUCUUCUUCAAACCACCAGAUGUGCCUAUUCCCGACCUGAAACCUCAAGACAUCCAAAAUGCUGUCCAGGCCGCGUUGGUUGUCGUCGAGCAACGCGUCGAACUCGAAAAGAAUCUCUUCAACAAUCGAAUCGUUGUCCAGCCCGACACUGCCGUCAACUUCCAUUUGAAUUUGUUCCCCACCACUUCGGAGACGUUGGACGUUGGCAAAGAUGCCAUCAAGGGAUUGGAAUCGUCUAUUCAACUAGUCAAUCAAAAUAUGUUGACGGUGGAUCAGGGCCGUUUCGCUUUGCCGUUCUUCCAAGCGAGUUCGUCACCUUUGGCAGACACUUGCAGGCCGCAGGUCAAUUGUCCAUCCCCACUGUCACAUUUCCGCACGAUGGACGGCUCUUGUAACAACGAACAACGACCAGAGUGGGGACAGAUUAACGUCGCUCUUCAACGAAUUAUCCCACCCAAAUACGGAGAUGGUGUCAAUACUCCACGAUUGGCCGUGGGAGAUGUGGAACUACCUAGCGCUAGAUUGGUGUCUCAAUCGUUGACCGAAUCGAGCCAUCGAUCCAGUCAAAGUGAAACAUGGACGCUGAUGCUGAUGCAAUGGGGGCAGUUUCUCGAUCACGACAUCACCCACAGUCCCCUCGUUCGAGGGCAAAAUUCGACGGGUGUGACGUGUUGCCAAAGAGGCCAAUUCCUGGACGCUUCUGUUCGCCACCCCGAUUGUUUUCCUAUCGCUAUUCCGGAAAACGAUCCUUUCUACGCCCAGUUCAAUCAGCGUUGCAUGGAGUUUGUCCGCUCGCUACCAGCACCGCGACCCGGAUGCACAUUCGGCCCCAGGGAACAGUUGAACCAGGUGACGGCCUUCAUCGAUGGGUCCACUGUCUACGGAUCGAAUGACGAAGCGGCUAACCAAUUAAGGGAAUUUAACGGCGGACGUUUGGCUACACAACGCUCCUUAAAGGGUCACACGCUCCUUCCCGUCAAGGCUGAAGAGUGUUCCGACUUUCUUCGUCAACGCUUCUGCUUCAGAGCAGGUGACGGCCGAGUCAACGAACAGCCUCAACUGGCCGUGAUUCAUACGCUUUGGGUUCGUGAACACAACAGAGUCGCUGACGCGUUGCAGCAACUCAAUCCAUCAUGGAGCGAUGAGCGUGUCUUCCAAGAAAGCAGACGAAUAAUCGGGGCCGAAAUCCAACAGAUCACUUACAACGAAUUCCUUCCCAUUUUCCUUGGAGAGGAUUACAUGUCCAGGUUCCAGCUGAAGCCUCUGCCGGCUAAUUCCGGAGAGCCCACUAACCUCUACGAUCAGAAUAUCAAUCCAACAGUGACCAACGAAUUCGCAACGGCUGCUUUUCGCGUUGGGCACAGUUUAGUUCAAGGCAUCAUUGAGGGUUUCACUGCUUUCGGUAGUCAAACACAAAGUCUUUUAUUGCAUCAACAUCAAUCGAAACCGUUCGAACUUUACGAAGACACUGGGGUGGACACACUUGUUCGUGGACUAUUGAUGCAACCAGCCCAAAAGAUGGACAGGGCCUUCACUGAUGAGCUCAAAAAUCGACUCUUCCAGGGGAAACAGAGUUUCGGAAUGGAUUUGAUCGCCCUCAAUCUCCAACGUGGCAGAGACCACGGCUUACCACCCUAUAAUGAUUAUCGUGAGCUCUGCGGUCGUCCGAGGGCCAAUCAAUGGCAGGACCUUUUGGACGUGAUCGAUCAACGAGUGGUGCAAGAGAUGAGUCGAAUUUACAACAGUAUCGACGACGUCGAUCUGUUUAUUGGUGGUGUCUCUGAGCGACAAGUCGAGGGCGCUUUAUUAGGUCCCACUUUUCUCUGUUUGAUUGGUGACCAGUUUGCUCGUUUACGACGGGGCGACCGGCUAUUCUACGAGGAAGCCACAGCUCAAUUUACUCAACAGCAAUUGGCCAGUUUACGUUCGAUCGGCCUUGCCCGCAUUCUAUGUGAUAACGGCGAUGACAUUAAAAGCAUUCAAUCAAGCGCGUUCUUGCGCUCAGACGUCCAGAAUAGACGACGACCGUGUCAAGGAUCUUCGGACAUUCCCGAAUUGGACCUUACCCUCUGGCGUGAAUGAGACCGCACCCAAUCUACCGUUUCUUUUAUUAUUUACAACACGUCCAUUAUUUGGCUUGUCCUCCACCGAUGUACACGUCGAUACUUUUGAAAUAUAUAUUACGUCUCGAUGUA